AUCAAUCGACAACACCAGAGAAACAACAUCAACACAGCAUCUUCUUAGAUCUUACUCUCAAACAUGGGCUUGCUCCUGUUAUCCGAUGGAGGUCGCAUUUUGAAAAGUAUUUAAUUAACUUGCUGCUAGCUCUAGACGAUAUCGGAAGGUGCUUUCAACAGAAUGUGAACGUCUAAACUUUUACGAAGUUGCACGGCGAGUCCAGGCAGGCAAACAGCAGCGUGCCACACAAAGAACAGAGAUGAACCGCUGCGAGUCAGACGCAGUCUCCCGUACGAGUCGGACUCUUCAUUCGGGUUCUGUUGCUCGGUGUUGCUUGGACGGUUGAGACUCUGGUCGUGCGAUUAUGUCUGAUCCAAGUUCCUGGAGCGCGUUGCCUGGCAGCAGCAAAGCUCAUUUUGUUACGGGCGUGAUGCUCAAGCGAUCCAAAAGCUGUCGCAGCAGUAAUAGAAAGAGCCUUGGUGUUGGAACGCCAUCGCCCACCCGCCCGCUUUCUCCUCUGUCCGCCCACACAGCUGCCAGCAGCCCUCUGGACAGCCCACGAAAUGUGUCCACUGCUGUUUGCUCUCUCAACUUCCCUUUCGCCCGCAGCCACCUGGCUCGAGCUGACAGAGUGGAUGGGAGACGGUGGUCUCUGGCGUCACUUCCGUCCUCAGGCUACGGGACCAACCCUCCCAGCUCAACUGUCUCAUCAUCUUCCUCAUCUCAAGAACGACUUCACCAGCUUCCAUACCAACCCACACAGGACGAGCUUCAUUUCCUGUUCAAACACUUCCGAAGUUCGGAGAGCAUAACUGAUGAAGAUGGGCGGCCCUCCCCAUUUAUACGACCCCGGUCACGUAGCCUUAGCCCUGGACGAACUGGUGGCUCCUUUGAUCAUGAAAUUAUAAUGAUGAACCAUGUCUAUAAGGAGCGUUUUCCAAAGGCUACCGCUCAGAUGGAGGAGCGUUUGCUGGACGUCAUCAGGCACUUUUCCCCAGACAGCACCCUACCGCUGGGAGACGGAGUCCUGGGAUUUAUCCAGCACCAGUUGGUGGAGUUGGCCAGGGACUGUCUGGAUAAAUCCCAGAAGGGCCUGAUUACAUCUUUAUACUUCAUGGAGCUGCAGGAUAAUUUGGACAAAAUGCUGCACGAGGCUCUGGAGCGCUCCGAGAGUGAGGAGGUUUCAGUGAUCACACAGCUGGUGAAGAAGAUCCUCAUCAUCAUCUCACGUCCUGCGCGAUUGCUGGAGUGUCUGGAGUUUGACCCCGAGGAGUUCUACCAUUUACUAGAGGCUGCAGAAGGUCACGCCAAAGUCGGCCAGGGCAUCAAAACCGAUAUUCCCAGAUAUAUUAUCAACCAACUUGGGCUCAACCGAGAUCCUCUUGAUGAAGUUGUGCAGUUAGAGGAGCAGUACGACUUAGGACACACACUCACAGUUGAUUCUGAAGAAACGGCAGAGCAGAAUAAAUCUUUACCCACACCGCUACGAAGAAAACCGUUGGAGAGUGAUUUUGAGACCUUAAAACUCAUCAGUAAUGGGGCUUAUGGGGCUGUGUAUCUGGUAAGACAUAAAGAAACCCGUCAACGAUUUGCAAUGAAAAAGAUCAACCGACAAAACCUGAUUCUGCGAAACCAGAUCCAGCAGGUGUUUGUGGAGCGAGACAUCCUGACAUUUGCAGAGAACCCUUUCGUGGUCAGCAUGUUCUGCUCCUUUGAGACCCGCAGACAUCUGUGCAUGGUCAUGGAGUAUGUGGAAGGUGGUGAUUGUGCCAAUGUGCUAAAGAACAUGGGCCCACUUCCUGUGGACAUGACCAGGAUGUACUUUGCGGAGACAGUUUUGGCACUGGAGUACCUCCACAGUUACGGCAUUGUGCACCGAGAUCUCAAACCAGACAACCUCUUGAUUACUUCAAUGGGGCAUAUCAAACUCACUGACUUCGGGCUCUCCAAAAUCGGCCUGAUGAACAUGACAACCAAUCUCUAUGAGGGCCACAUUGAGAAAGACACCAGGGAGUUUAUCGACAAGCAGGUUUGUGGCACUCCAGAGUACAUUGCUCCAGAAGUGAUCCUGCGGCAGGGCUAUGGGAAACCCGUUGACUGGUGGGCCAUGGGCAUCAUCCUGUAUGAAUUUCUGGUGGGAUGUGUUCCGUUCUUUGGGGACACACCAGAAGAGCUUUUUGGGCAGGUUGUUAGCGAUGAGAUUAUCUGGCCAGAUGGGGAUGAUACUCUUCCUGUAGACGCCCAGGACUUGAUCACACGAUUACUGAACCAAAGCCCGCUGGAGAGACUUGGAACAGGUGGGGCUCCAGAAGUAAAGCAGCAUUUGUUCUUCAGUGGUCUGGACUGGAACGGACUCCUGCGUCAGAAAGCUGAAUUCAUCCCUCAGCUGGAGGCCGAAGACGACACUAGUUAUUUUGACACACGAUCUGAACGCUACCAUCAUUUGGCCUCCGAUGAGGAUGAUGAAACCAACGAUGAGGAGUCAUCCCUAGAAACACGAGGGUUUUCUUCCUGGUCAAAUCGUUUCAGCAAGGUGUACAGCAGCACAGAGUACCUGGCCACCCCAUCCCUGAGCUUCUCCUCCGACCGCAGUCACAGUGAGGAGAUAGAGGACCGGGCAGACGCCCACUCCCCUGGAGAGAUCCGACGGCAGGCCUCCACCGGAGACAGGAGGCUCUCGGCUCAGAGGGCAAGCCUGCGCCCUCGAACUUCAUCCAGCUCCUCUCAGCCCGAGCGUGCUGUGAGCCCCCUAGUGGUGAGCAGCACACACAGCCUAGAGGCCAUGCCACGAUUCGCCCUGUCCACCGAUGAUGAGGCUGAAGUUGUUGUAUCCAGCUUGCGACGACUCCGACUUCGUAGCAACAGCACAGGAACGAAACACUCGUCGCCAAGGGAACAAGGUACUCCUCAGUGCUUUGGAAACCAGCUGGAGACGCCUGACAGACAGCGAUAUUCACCAGGACGCAAGGUCCCCAAGUCUGCAUCAGUGUCGACCCUCUCGCUCAUCAUCACGCCAGAUGAUGGGAGUGGCGGCCUGCAGGCGCGCUCCAUUUCCCCUCGAUCGUUUUCCUCUAAUCCAUCAUCCCGAGACUCCUCCCCCAAUCGAGACCUGUCACUCAGUGUCAGCAGGCUCCGCCCCCCUAUCAUCAUCCACAGCUCUGGGAAGAAAUACGGCUUCACUCUGCAGACCAUUCGUGUUUACAUGGGGACCAGUGACAUCUACACCAUAAACCACAUGGUCUCGGGUGUGGAGGAGAGCAGCCCUGCCCAUGAGUCUGGACUGCGAGCAGGUGAUCUGAUCACUCAUGUGAAUGGAGAGUCUGUGCAGGGUCUACUGCACACAGAGAUGAUGGAACUUCUCUUGAAGAGCGGUAACCAGGUGUCCCUGCAGACUAUUGCGCUAGAGGACACGUCUAUAAAGAUUGGGCCGGCCCGCAAGAGCAGCUGUAAAGGAAAGAUGGCCCGCCGCAGUAAGAGGAGCAAAUGGAGGGACAAUCAGGACCGGAGGCGCAGCAUGUUGAAGAAGCUGUCCAAACAGAGCACCGUCAUGCACAGCAGCCGUAGUUUCUCCUCCGGCCUGCAUCACUCGGUGUCCUCCAGCGAGAGUCUGCCAGGCUCUCCCACCCACAGCCUUUCCUCCGGACCCACAACACCCUGCCGGAGCCCCGUUCCCGACCACACCGCUGAAGCCAGCCUGCCCCAGAACGCCUCUCCAUGCUCCAGCUCUCCCAGUUCGCCAGCCGUCCAGAUGCGGCCCAGCUCGCUGCACGGCCUUGGCUCUAAACUCGGCAACCAACGCUACACUAAAGUGGGGAGACGGAAGUCCACCAGCAAUAUCCCACCGUCACCUCUGGCCUGCACCUCCUCGACACAAGCCCUGUCCCCCCAGCGCUCCCCCUCACCCUUACCCAGCAUCUCCAAAACCCUCCACUCCUUCCACGGCAAAACCCUCUCGCCCCCCACGAUCAUUCGGCAUGUGGUCAGACCCCGGAGUGCGGAACCUCCACGUUCCCCUCUGCUGAAGAGGGUCCAGUCUGCGGAGAAGCUCUCAGGGGCCUUAUUUGCUGACAAAAAGCCCCACGCGCCCCGCAGACACACGUUGGAAGUCCCCCACAGCGAGGUGGACGUACUGGGAGAUACCGAGGCAGAGGUGGCCUGUGGUGCGACAUAUUCGGUGGAUCACGGCAGGCUGGGCGGGUACUUUUGCGGACAGAGAAUGAGGGACUGGCCCGGUGACCGAAUGGAGCAGAUCGUCGUCAUGCGCAAGCUGAAUCUCUCCGAACGCCGAGAUUCCUUCAAGAAGCAGGAAGCCGUGCAGGAAGUGAGCUUUGACGAACCGGACGACAGGGCCGCCCAGAUUCCCGCCCAGUCAGCCAAGCAGAUGAUGGGCGAAACGCAGUCGGAGGAGGAGUGCAUGGCGAGGAGGAAUCCGCUGGUCCCUCAGAUCGCCGUACAAGGAUCAGAGAGCGAGGAAGCGGACGACUGGAGGCUUUGUUCGGAUGAAGACGAGGAAGAGGUUGAGGAAAACGUGUCACACACUCAAAGUCAAGCUGAACCUCAGGCUGCCAAAGACACCCAACGCUCCUCGGCAACUACGCAUGAAGCCGGCGAGACCACUGCAGAUGCAGCAAAGCUAGAAAAGCGUCAGAGUCCAGAAAAAAGCAAAUUGAAAGAGAGAUAAAUGAGUAACGGACUGUUUCAGUACGUCAUCAUCCCCGCAGGCUUCACGACGCACCCGGCGUGAGACGUUUGUAAUUCAAACAAUUACUAAGUGGAGUAUUUUAUUAGUGUGUAAUGGAAGUAAGAUAGUCUUAUGCAGGGAAUAUGUAUGCUUUUUUUAUUUAUUGUGUACUGGAGAUGUGCUGUUGGCCAAAAAAAAAAAAAAAACGUAACGGUUUCUAGUACAUUUUUCUCACCUUCUGUGAACGGGUUGAGGAGGGGAUUUGAAUGACUUGAUUUUUUUUCUAUGAAAAUGUGCAAAAGCUUCGAAUCCAUUUCAUCCACCAAGAGCUUUUCAUAUUUGCACCGACAUUGUGGGUUUUUUUGUUUUUUUAAAGCUGCAGGUUCGAAUGAAAUUGUCAUGUGGCCCUUUUUGUGUAUUAUUCCACAUCUCAGUGGGUUUGUGUCGACUAUUUGGGCUUCAACUGUGGGAACCCCACAAGUAAUUUGAAAUGAAGUUACAUGUUGGGAAAGGUAACAAAAAACAAUUGUCUAUGUGAAUUUUAUGCAUCAAACCAAAUAGAUCGGUUUUACACCUUGUUUUAUUUUACCAUUUUAGAUUUAGAAUAUUUUAAAUUCAGUUCCUUUCCAGAUACUCUGUUUAAUUAAAUUAUGGUAAAUUAAAAUUAUUUAACCAAACAAGAUCCCUUUCUGGGUUCAAUAUUAAGGUAAAACUUUUAGUGUAUUUUCACAAAAUUCCGAGUUCCCAAAAUUCGUUUUUGCAUUUUUUUUUUUAAAUGUUCUUCCUGUACUUUUCUUUUUCACUCAGCUUUGUUCAGUUUACCUACCUAAAACAUCUCAAAUUUUCACAGGUGCUAAAUUGAAUGGGCUCACAGACACACCUGAAAUAUUUGAAGGAAAAGUUAAGCAUGCAGUCACACACUUCACACACUUCUAGCCAGAACUCAUUUGCUUGUGCACUUAAAUAAUCACUGAGUAAUGAACCACAUCGUCAUGAGUUUUUUGACCUGUCACGAGUGCUCACAAGUUUUUGUACUUGGAAAAAUGUUUACAUUUUAUAUAUAUAUAUAUGGAUUUCUACUGUGCGAAGGUAACUUAAUUACAAAUGUUUGCAGAACUGGAGUCAGUGGGUGGAGGCUUUAGUUACAUUAUGUUUUAAAAGUUCUGUGUGAUGUCAUUGUUAAUAGACACUGCACACAUCGGAUUGGAUGUUUUUGUUCAUAUGCAUGACUCUCUUCCAAAACUUUUUUUUUUAAACUUUAAUAUGUUGUUAUUUGGGUCUAAUAUGACAGUAUUUUUAUUGCAUAGAAACUGCAUGAGAAGGUUUAACAGUCAAUUGGAUGCUAUCAGUCAGUCAGGACUUCAUUUGUAUUGGACCUUCAGGAAAAACGGCACAUGCUUGACCGAUCCAAGAAAACAUUUCUGUUGUAUUUUUGAGGUUUGUUAAUUGUGACCUCUCCCUGUAACUUGGUAAACACUCUGUGUGACACAAAUUGGUGUAAAUUUGAAUAGGCUGUAUUUACCUGCCUGUCAGCCAAACGUUUGCAUGUUGCAUGUUAAGUAAAUGCACCGUUCACUUUGGCAUGGCAACCUGAGUGCAGUGUUUAAUGGUCAAGUAUAACCAAGCCUUUGAAUUACAGUAAUGUUAUGCAGACCCAGUUGUUGCAUUUUAUCCCCUGUAAUCACAGAUUUUAGUGGAUGAAGUGUUUGUCUUGUGGACGUCAAACCCACUCUUAAACAUGUUCAGACGAGAUGGAGUCACAAUCUACUGUACAUGCUUCAAAACUGAAAAUCCAACAUCUAUAUAACCUGCUGUGCUGAUGGUUUCUUCCAUUUUUUUUCCAGAAUUGUCAGGACUUGGUAAUUGGUAUGUUUGUAAAAAAAAUAUAUAUAAUUUUUAUAAAUAUUUUUUAAUGUUAACUGUUUGUCUGAUGAUGUUUUGUAAUAAAUCAUUCACUGGUUAAGAUGGAAUA